CAGACCUCGAAGUGAUUUAGCGCAUUGAUACAUUGCGACGAUGGAGACGGACUGGAGGGCAAUCUGGACGCAAUGUAGCUAACCAACGGGUCAACUAUUAGAGCACGGUUGGCAUCCCAUUAUUUCUUUCCAUAUAUUAUUUAGACCUUUUGAUUCUUGAAGGAUGUCGGUAGCCGGGUUGAAGAAGCAAUUUCACAAAGCAAGUCAGCUAUUGAGUGAGAAGAUAAUUGGGGCUGAGGGAACAAAGCUGGAUGAAGAAUUUCAAAAAAUGGAACGGAGAAUUGAUGUGACCCACAAAAUGGUUCUUGAACUUGUGCCCAAAACCACAGAGUACCUCCAGCCAAACCCAGCAUAUAGAGCCAAACUGGGCAUGCUCAACACAGUGUCCAGGAUCCGUGGGCAGGUGAAGGCUGUGGGAUACCCCCAGACUGAGGGAAUGCUGGGAGACUGCAUGUUGCACUACGGCAGAGAACUGGGAGUCGGCUCUGCCUUUGGAUGUGCACUGGCGGACAUUGGGGAAGCCAUGAAACAGAUGGCCAUAGCCAGAGAUUCCCUGGACAUCAGUGUGAAGAACAACUUCAUCGACCCACUGCAGGCACUCCAGGACAAAGAGUUGAGGGAAAUAGGGUACCACCUAAGAAAACUUGAAGGUCGUCGGCUAGACUUUGACUACAAGAAACGACGCAAAGGAAAGAUACCUGACGAGGAGAUCAUGCAGGCGUGGGAGAAGUUUUCGGACUCCAAAGAGCUGGCAAAGAGAAGCAUGUUCGACCUCUUAGAAAGUGAUGCGGAGCAUGUGACUCACCUAUCAGCUUUGAUUGGGGCCGCUCUGGACUAUCACCGCCAGUCUUACCAAAUCCUGGACAGCCUCAAUCGAAGUCUGCAGGGCAGGCUAGCCAUUGCAAGCAACCGACCAAAGAGGGAGCCCAGGCCCAAAUCUAUUAAGGUUAACACAAUCAACACACAACAAAAUGGAUCUUCCCACAGAUCAUCAGUCAAAUCAGUUAUAUCUUCAGAUGCUCAGAUAAGCCUAGCUGUCAAUGGAAAAAAUUACCAGUACACAAACAUACCUCUAAGACCAGAGAGUCCCAUCAUCUGUAACCAUGAUUGUGAGGUUUUCCUAGACCAGCCUUGCUGCCGGGCGCUCUACCGCUUUGUGGCUGAGAAUGAAGGAGAGCUGGGCUUCAAGGAGGGCGACCUCAUCAUCCUCACCAACCAGAUUGAUGACAACUGGUAUGAGGGCAUGAUCAGCGGGGAGUCUGGCUUUUUUCCCAUCAGCUACGUCAAUGUCCUUGUGCCUUUGCCACAGUGAUACCAGGGUAGCACCACAAGCUAUGGGGGCCGGCUAUGAAGUCAUCACCUCAGAGCACUCUCUCUGGAAAUCUUAUUUUGCAAUGAAUGUCACUCCACUUUCUGAUAUGUUUAUUGACAGAAUUAUUUGUAUUUCUGAGCUUAUCUGUUAGAAGCAUUUCACGAUGGCCUCGUUUGGUGGUACUGUCACUUCUUCCUGGAUCUGUGAAUUCUUAAUUUCACCUUAUUUUCUCAGAGGCCAUAGAGCUAUUGACAUGCAUUGUCUUUGGGUGCUACACCAUUUCAGACAGUCCUAUGCAAUAUUUUCUUUCUCCCUUGAAAGCCCAUCUUAGUUACAUUUGUCUCCAUUGUGUGCUGUUAGGUGGCCUAAAGCUCACCUUUUGUUACUUUCCCCCUCUGUUGUCUAGUGGUCUUUCCUCAGCAUAAUAAUGGGUAAAUUAGUAGUGACACUUUUUAAUUCGGCACACUUUUGUGAUAUCAUGGAACACAAUAGCUGCUUUAUUAAGAUUUGUUUUAGUCUUGGGACUGUUAUUACCAUAUUCAGGGUCAAUAUUCAUGUCUUCAUUUAGCUCUCGAGAACCUAAGGGGGGUAUACCCAGUUUACAGCUGGAACCUGUUUUGGGUUCUCGGAGGAUUUUACGGACCACAGCUGGCUCCAUGUGAACUACAAUCCCAAUGCUCUUGUUUAUUCCUGACGCUCUGUCGAAAUGCAAAUGCACCACACUUGCGAUACGGUUUUGGAUAUCUUUGGAACUUUACUUUUAUAUAAGCGAGAAAUAAUAUUUCAAAUACAAAAGAUACACUUACUGUGUGCAGUUUAGGAAAGUUGCACCUAGUUGUUUUCACACACCAUUACGACAUCCUCUCACCUUGCACUCACAUUUCCAUUUAACCAUUCCAUAUUUCCAGUGUUUACAAAUAAAGCCGGGUGCAACUUCACUAAACUUUUUAAGUAUCUUAAAAAAUAAAAAACGUUCAUAGAAGCAAUGUUACAAAUGUUUCUGAAACUGUAUCGUGUGAGAGGCGCAUUUGUGUUUAGACGGAGCAUUUGGGGAGCGUUGGGAAUUCCCCUCAGGCAACAGACAGCUUUGGGAGUAGACAGUAUAAUUAAGCAAUAAGGCCCGGGGGGGUGUGGUAUAUGGCCAAUAUACCACGGCUAAGGGCUGUUCUUGGGGACGACGCAACGCGGUGUGCCUGGAUACAGCCCUUAGCCUUGAUAUAUUGGCCAUAUACCACAGAACCCUGAGGUGCCUUUAUUGCAACUAUAAACUGCUUACCAACAUAAUUAGAGCAGUAUAAUUGUUUUGGGGGGUCAUACCUGUGGUAUGCGGUCUGAUAUACCACAGCUGUCAGCCAAUCUGCAUUCAGGGCUCGAACCAUCCAGUUUAUAAUGUUUAAUAUUACCGUCUAUUGAAUGGGCUAGCCUUCAUUGUGGAAGUGUGGAAAAGUCAGGGUUAAGACUUGUCUGCAUAUCAAUUUGAACACGAGAAGAGGAAAUAUCUCUUAUCAAACACCAUUUGUGAUCUUUAUAGCUGUUUAAUGUUACACUACACUUUAAAGGUGUUUUAGACGCGCGUGUGCUUUAUCCACUUAAAUAUGAUCCCUUUAAUAGUUUUUCCCCAUUCCACAAACAGUAGAAACACUUGUUGCCUUUAAGCACUUUUUUAAUAAUGUGUUGCUGUAGCCUUGACAAUUACUGUAUUUGCACACAUAAUUUUUCUUUAUUAGUAAGGAAAUACACACACACACAAGGUAUUAAUCACCUCUCAUUUAUAUCCUAUUGUAGGGUCUAGGAAUAAUAUGUUGAACAAGAAAAUAUUUAGCUGUAAGCCAUAUUGUCAGAGAUUUUGUGUCAAUCACUAUGAAUGAGCCCAGAAUGCUGUAAUAUCAAAGUAGUGUACAUUUCUUUCCUAUUUAUUGUCAAACGCUUGCUGUUUCACAAAUUGAAAUUAUAGUUAAAUUACAAUUAUGUUGAAGAAAUUACGCUAAGGAACAAUCAAACCAGUUAUAUGAUCAUUGGAUGUAUUAUCUUCUGUAAGUAAAAAAUAUAUAUAAAUGCAAAAAUGUCAAAGAUUUGACUGAGUUACAGUUCAUAUAAGGAAAUAAGCUCAGGUGCAUCCUGUUUCCAUUGAUCAUCAUUGAGAUGUUUCUACAACUUGAUUGGGGUCCACCUGUGGUAAAUUCAAUUGAUUGGACAUAUUUUGAAAAGGGACAUCUGUCUAUAUAAGGUCCCACAGUUGACAGUGCAUGUCAGAGCAAAACCAAACCAUGAGGUCAAAGGAAUUGUCCAUAGAGCUCUGAGACAGGAUUGUGUCGAGCCACAGAUCUUGGGAUGGGUACAAAUCCAUUUCUGCAGUAUUGAAGGUCCCCAAGAACACAGUGGCCUCCAUCAUUCUCAAAUGGAAGAAGUUUGUAAUCACCAAGACUCUUUAUUAGAGCUGGCUGCCCAGCCAAAACUGAGCAACCGGGGGAGAAGGGCUUUGGUCAGGGAGGUGACCAAGAACUUUAUGGUCACCGACAGAGCUCCAGAGUUCCUCUGUGGAGAUGGGAGAACCUUCCAGAAGGGCAACCCAUAAGGCAUUUUAUUGUAGAGUGGCCAGGUGGAAGCCACCCCUCAGUUAAAGGCACAUGACAGUACGCAUGGAGUUUACCAAAAGGCACCAAAGACUGACCAUGAGAAACAAGAUUCUCUGGUCUGAUGAAACCAAGAUUACAUUUUUUGGAAAAAGGCGUCUGGAUAUUUUCCAACUGCAUUGUAUCAGUUAUCCUUUUGUGCCGAAUCCACUGCGCUGUUUCAGGUGCAACAUUUAUGGUCAUGUCAGCAGUUUGUAGGAGGGAGAUUAUGAUGUGGGAAGUGUAAUUUCAGUAGAUAAAGUUACUGGGGAUCGGAAGUAUCCGGUGGGAGAGAGGCAGGUUGAGAUAGCUAGAGUCAGUAGUGCAGAUGGUGUCCUAUGCCGAUGGAGUGAAGAAAUUAGGGGAUGUGUCAAGGGUGAGGGACCCAGAGAGGAGUAGUAACUCUGCCAACACAGAGAGAUAGGCACUGUAUAGCACUUAUUGGCCUUCGGAAAGUAUUCAGACCCCUUGACUUUUCCCACAUUGUUAGGUUACAGCCUUAUUCUGAACAAUAUCUUUUUUAAAUGUCCCUCAAUCUACUCACAAGCAUAAUGAAAGCAAAACAGGUGUAAACAUUUUUGCUUAUUUAUUUCAAAUAAAAUAGAAAUAUAUUUACAUAAUUGAGACCCUUGACUCAGUACUUUGUUGAAGCACCUUUGGCAGGGAUUACAGCCGUGUCUUGGGUAUGACACUGCAAGGAUGGCACACCUGUAUUUGGGGAGUUUCUCUGCAGAUCCUUUCAAGCUCUGUAAGGUUGGAUGUUGCUGCACAACUAUUUUCAGGUCUCUCCAAAGAUGUUUGAUAAGGUUCAAGUCAGGGCCAUUCAGAGACUUGUCCCGAAGCCUCCUUUGCCCCAGUCUGAAGUCCUGAGCAGGUUUUCAUCAAGUAUCCCUACUUUGCUCUGUUCAUCUUUCCCUCGAUCCUGACUAGUCUCACAUUCCCUGCCUCUCAAAAACAACCCCCCAGCAUAAUCCUGCCACCACCAUGCUUCACCGUAGGGAUGAUGGCAGGUUUCCUCCAGACGUGACACUCAGCAUUCAGGACAAAUCGUUCAAUCUUGGUUUCAUCAGACUAGAGAAUCUUGUUUCUCAUGGUCAGAGUCCUUAAGGUGCCUUUUGGCAAACUCCAAGCAACCCGUCUUGACUUUUACUGAGGAGUGGCUUCUGUCUGGCCACUAACAUAAAGGCCUGAUUGGUGGAGUGCUGCAGAGAUGUUUGUCCUUCUGGAAGGUUUUCCCAUCUCCACAGAGGAACUCUGGAGUCUUGGUGGUUCCAAACUGCUUCCAUUUAAGAAUGAUUGAGGCCACCGUGUUCUUAGGGACCUUCAAUGCUGCAGACAUUUUUUGGUACCCUUCCCAAAAUCUGUGUCUCAACACAAUCCUGUCUUGGAGCUCUGCAGACAAUUCCUUCAACCUCAUGGCUUGGUUUUCACUCUGCACUGUCAACCUUAUAUAGACAUGUGUGGACCUUUCCGAAUCAUGUCCAAUCAAUUCAGUUGACCACAGGUGGACUCCAAGUUGUAGAAGCGUCUCAAGGAUGAUCAAUGGAAACAGGACGCACCUGAGCUCAAUUUCGAGUCUCAUGGAAAAGGGUUUGAAUACUUAUGUAAAUAAGGUAUGUGUUUGUUUGUUUUUAAUACAUUUGCAAAAAAUGCUACAAAUAUAUUUUUGCUUUGUCAUUAAGGGGUAUUGUGUGUAGAUUGCUGAGGAUUUUUAUUUAUUUAAUCAAUUUUAGAAUAAGGCUGUAACAUAACAAAAUGUAGAAAAAGUCAAUGAAUACUUUCCGAAUGCACUAUAUGCUUCAGUAAGGCAUAGCAAUGAUUAUCAACUGUAUGCAGAAAUGGAACGUAAAUCACAGAAAAUAAAUGUGGUGGCAGCUGCAGAAAAGUA